AUGAAAGUUGAAGCUUCCAUCUCCGGCGAUCACGCCGUCGACGCUUCUGCUAACAGGUCCCCAUCAACGCUAGUAAGCAACGGCGCCGUCGACUACCAGGGCAAGAUCGCCGAUAAGGUCACCACCGGCGGAUGGAAAGCCGCGCCUUUUAUCAUCGUGAAUGAGGUUGCAGAGAGAAUUGCCUUCUUUGCAAUAUUGAUCAAUAUGAUGAUAUACUUGACGAAGGAGAUGCAUGAAGCUUUGCCGGAUGCAAGCACCCGUAUAACUAAUUGGAUUGGUUCUGCUUUCAUGCUUUCUCUUCUCGGGGCUUUUCUUGCCGACUCGUAUCUCGGUCGUUUUCUCAUUGUUGUCAUCUUCUCCCCCAUCUACGCUGCGGGCACUGUGUUAUUGACGCUGGCAGCGAGCAUCGACAGCUUGCGGCCGCCGCCAUGCGCUUUGGGCAGCGAAAGUUGCGAAUCCGCCACGGGCCCGCAAAACGGUGUUUUGUUAGUCGCUAUGGCGCUUAUCGCGCUCGGCACCGGCGGCAUCAAACCCUGCAUCUCAACCUUCGGCGCCGACCAGUUCGACGAGGCCGACCCCAUUGAAGCCCGCAAGAAAUCCUCCUUCUUUAACUGGUUCUUCUUCGCCUUGACCUCAGGCAUCUGCAUUAGCAUAACCCUCAUCGCUUACAUAGAAGACCAGAUGGGUUGGGCUUGGGGCUUCGGUUUGUCCGCCGUCAUCAACGUUUCCUCUGUUUUAAUCCUGGUCGCCGGGAAACGCAGGUAUCGCUACCAGAAGCCAAGGGGAAGCCCCUUCACCCGCUUUCUCCAGGUGUUUGUCGCCGCCUCCCGUAAUUACGCGAAGGGGGUACAAGCGAAGAACGCGGAAGAGCUCUUCGAGGUGAAGACCAAGGAGUCCGCCAUCUACGGGGCGAGGAAGCUCCCUCACACGAGGGAGUUAAGCUUCCUUGACAUGGCAGCGGUUGGGGCGUCUAAUGUGAACGACGGUGAUCAAAGCCGGUGGAGGCUUUGCACGGUGACGCAGGUGGAGGAAUUGAAGGCCUUUAUGCGAAUCCUCCCAAUAUGGGUCACCACCAUCGCCUUUCAACUUGCUUUCUCGCAGAUGAAUUUCUUCAUAGCCCAGGGGUUAGUAAUGAACCGCCGGCUCUCCGGCGACUUCGUCGUCCCGCCUGGCUCUGUGCCUAUCUUCGCUGCGGCGAGUUCUCUGAUUUUCAUUCUCAUGUACGAGAGAUUUAUAGUCCCGUUGUUCCGGCGGCUCACGAGCCACCCGCGUGGGCUCUCCUCGCUUCAACGGGUGGGGAUUGGCCUGUUCGUCAGCAUCCCAACCUUCGCCGUCGCCGCGCAGGUGGAACACCACCGUAGAAGCUCGGCCCACACGGGGAGCAAGCUGAGCUUUUGGUGGCUGUUUCCGCAGUACUUUCUUCUGGGAAUCGCGGAGGUGCUCACCUACGUUGGGCAAUUGGAGUUCUUCUACUACGAAGCGACGGAUGGGACAAGGAGUCUAAGCAGCGCUGUCUUUUUGAGUGCAGCUGGCGUGGGGAGCUGGCUGAAUACAAUACUUGUUAAGGUUGUGGAGAGGAAGACGGGAGGGGUGGCGAGAGGCUGGCUCAGGAGAGAUCUUAACCGGAGUAAGCUGGAUUACUUGUAUUGGAUUGUUUGUGCCAUUAACGCUGUGAACUUUUGUAUUUUUUACGUGGUGGUGACUAGGUUUUAUAAGGGGCGUGGUGCCGCGUCAAGAAAUAACGACGAUGAAGCUGAGCCAGAUGGGUUGAUAAUGGAGGAAAAAGGUGUAAACGACUCGAAUUCGACUAACCUUUUAAUUUAA